GCGCGUUUGUUCACAAGCACUGUCGCAUCACUCUGACGUAAAUUGCGAAUAACCGGGCCACACAACAACGCAUGAAAACAAUGUUGAAGUUUUAGCAAUAAAGCUACCAUAAAACAUCGAGAUUCAAGUAACUAUUUGAACAUGGGGAGAGAGUCGAGACAUUACAGGAAACGCUCUGCGUCAAGAGGUCGAUCGGGAAGUCGGUCUAAAAGUCGUUCCCCAGAUAAACGAUCAAAGAAAGAUAACCGGGUAGCGAAUCGCGACAGGGACCGGACCAGGCGGGAGCGGUCACGGAGUCGGGAACGACGUCGAUCACGGUCUAGAGAUAGGAAGCACCCAAGGCGCUCCAGGAGCCGUGAGAGGAGGAGAUCCCGCAGUCGCGACAGGCGGAGGUCCAAAAGUAGAAGCAGGGGACGACGGUCACGAUCAGCCAGCCCGAGCAAAAGCAGGAAGACAGAGGAAAAGUCCAAAAGCAAAGAGAAGGACAAUCCUGAAGGCUCCUCAGAGAAGAAAAAGAUAAAAGAGGAGAAAGAGGAGGAGAAAGUUGAAGACCAAGACUUCGACCAGAACAAGCUGGAGGAGGAGAUGAGGAAGAGGAAGGAGCGAGUGGAGAAAUGGAGAGAGGAGCAGCGGAAGAAGGCCAUAGAAAACAUCGGGGAGAUCAAGAGAGAGCUGGAGGAGAUGAAACAGGGGAAGAAGUGGAGCCUGGAGGACGACGAUGAUGACGAUGAGGAGGGGCCAGCACCCGCCGAUGGGGAUGAAGACGAGGAGGAAGAGGAGGGAGGCGAGGGAAAGGAGCCCAAAAUGAAAGAGGAGAAGGAGGAGGAGGAGGAGGAGGAGAAGGAGGAGGAAGAGAAGGAGAAAGAGAAGGAGACCCCUAUGGAACAAGAAGCCGAAGACGAGCUGGAUCCUUUGGAUGCCUACAUGGAGGAGGUGAAGGAGGAGGUCAAGAAGUUCAACAUGGGCGCCAUGAAGGGGGAUAAGAAGGGGGGGAUGACCGUAACCAAGGUUAUGACCGUCCUCAAGACCAAAAAAGGAAUUCACACACACAAGAAGAAGGGCGAGCUGAUGGAGAAUGACCAGGAUGCAAUGGAGUACUCCUCGGAGGAGGAGGAAGUGGAUCUCCAGACCGCGCUGACCGGCUACCAGACCAAGCAGCGGAAGGUUCUGGAACCAGUCGACCACCAAAAGAUCGAGUACGAGCCCUACCGCAAGAACUUCUACGUGGAGGUGCCAGAGCUGGGAAAGAUGUCCCCGGAAGAGGUGAACGUGUACAGACUGGAGCUGGAGGGCAUCAUGGUGAAGGGAAAGGGCUGCCCCAAGCCCAUCAAGUCCUGGGUUCAGUGUGGAACCUCCAUGAAGAUCCUCAGUGCUCUGAAAAGGCACAGCUAUGAGAAGCCCACCCCCAUCCAGGCCCAGGCCAUCCCUGCCAUCAUGUCUGGGCGGGACCUGAUCGGCAUCGCCAAGACGGGGAGCGGCAAGACCAUCGCCUUCCUCCUGCCCAUGUACCGACACAUCCUGGACCAGAGGCCCCUGGAGGAGGGCGAGGGGCCACUCUCUGUGAUCAUGACCCCCACCCGCGAGCUGGCGCUGCAGAUCACCAAGGAGUGUAAGAAGUUCUCCAAGCCUCUGGGACUACGUGUGGUGUGUGUGUACGGAGGCACGGGGAUCAGCGAACAGAUAGCAGAGCUGAAGAGGGGAGCAGAGAUCAUCGUGUGCACCCCAGGGAGGAUGAUUGACAUGCUCGGAGCCAACAGCGGUCGUGUCACCAACCUUCGCAGGGUCACGUACGUGGUUGUGGACGAGGCUGACAGGAUGUUCGACAUGGGUUUCGAACCACAGGUGAUGCGCAUCAUGGACAACGUGCGGCCGGACCGGCAGACCGUCAUGUUCUCCGCCACGUUCCCCAGGGCCAUGGAGGCGCUGGCCCGCCGCAUCCUGUCCAAGCCCAUCGAGGUGCAGGUGGGCGGGCGCAGCGUGGUCUGCUCCGACGUGGAGCAGCAUGUGCUGGUGAUCGAAGAGGACAAGAAGUUCCUGAAGCUCCUUGAGAUCCUGGGUCACUACCAGGAGAAGGGCAGCGUGAUCAUCUUCGUGGACAAGCAGGAGCACGCUGACGGGCUGCUGAAAGAUCUCAUGAAGGCCUCCUACCCCUGUAUGUCUCUGCACGGAGGCAUCGACCAGUACGACAGAGACAGCAUCAUCAACGACUUCAAGAACGGCACCUGCCGUCUGAUGGUGGCCACGUCGGUGGCGGCCCGGGGCCUGGACAUCAAGCACCUGAUCCUGGUGAUCAACUACAACUGCCCCAACCACUAUGAAGACUACGUCCACAGGGCGGGGCGCACGGGCCGGGCAGGGAACAAGGGGUUUGCCUACACCUUCAUCACAGAGGACCAGGUGCGCUACGCAGGAGACAUACUGAAGGCACUGGAGCUGUCUGGGUCUCCGGUCCCCCCAGAGCUGGAGAAGUUGUGGGCCUCCUUCAAAGACCAGCAGAAAGCCGAAGGGAAAAGCAUCAAGAGCAGCAGUGGGUUCUCUGGGAAGGGCUUCAAGUUCGACGAGACGGAACACGCGCUGGCCAAUGAGAGGAAGAAGCUGCAGAAGGCUGCGCUGGGUCUGCAGGACUCUGACGACGAGGACGGGGCCUUGGACAUCGACGAGCAGAUCGAGAGCAUGUUCAACUCCAAGAAGAGGGUGAAGGACCUGUCCGCCCCUGGGGGGGCCGGGGGGGGCAUGGGGGCCAUGGCGGCAGCGGUGGCGGCCGCAGGGGGGCUGGCUAACCUCGGGGCCCCGUCCGCCGGAAACAUCCAGAAGCUGGAGAUGGCCAAGAGGCUAGCCCUGCGCAUCAACGCCCAGAAGAACCUCGGAGCCGAGGCCCAGGAUGUGAUGCAGCAGGCCACCAACGCCAUCCUGAGGGGCGGCACCAUCCUGGCGCCCUCGGUGUCGGCCAAGACGAUCGCGGAGCAGCUGGCAGAGAAGAUCAACGCCAAGCUCAACUACAUCCCCGUGGAGAAGCUGGAGGAGGAACGCCAGGCCGCCGAGCAGGCGGAGACCGUCAAGAGAUACGAGGAGGAGCUGGAGAUUAACGACUUCCCCCAGACUGCCAGGUGGAAGGUGACGUCCAAGGAAGCCCUGCAGAGGAUUGGAGAAUACUCUGAGGCAGCCAUCACCAUCCGGGGCACCUACUUCCCCCCGGGCAAGGAGCCCAAGGAGGGGGAGCGCAAGAUCUACCUGGCCAUCGAGAGUGCUAAUGAGCUUGCCGUUCAGAAGGCCAAGGCUGAGAUCACACGCCUGAUCAAGGAAGAGCUCAUCAGACUUCAAAACUCCUACCAGCCGACCAGCAAGGGAAGAUACAAGGUGUUGUAGAGGGAGACCUCAAAGACAACGACUCUUGUCUUCAGCGCAUCAUCUGAUCUGUUUGAAUGUUUUAGUAUAUUUUUGUAAAUGUCACAACCCCUGUUAACUUCCCAUAGGGAUUUCUCUCAAUUUGUUUGGUGUAUUUCAGUUGUUGAUUCACUCAGGUGGGAUUUAUCAUAAUCUGUUUUACAGAAUUUAACAUGUUGAGCUCUUUGCCAACAAGACUCUUGCAUCAGUUAUUCAAACAUCUCGCAUAUUUGCAGUUAAAAACUUUAAUUUCAGUGUAAGAUAUCUUUAUAACUUUUCCCUGUCAACAGUCGCGACCAGUACACAUUGUUUUUUAAGAACCACCAUCAACAGUGUAAUGUUUUUACUUGUUUACUCUACCCCCCACAAUAAAACGAUGUGUUGCUAAGGAA